AUGUUGUUCUUCUUUUCGUAUGCUUUCGCCGCUUUGGUUGGAGCUGCUCUUGCGUUUUCUGAUACCGGGAGCCCAUUGUGGACAAUUGGUCGCUCAGUCACGACUUCGAGCGGGCGAGUAGAAGGACACAGCGCAGCAAAUGCCCCGUUUGUCUCAGAGUAUCUCGGCAUCCCAUACGCCAUCCCUCCAGUUGGUGACUUGCGUUGGGCCGCACCAAGGCCAUUCAGAGCUUUCAAGAAUUCAUAUGUCAAUGGCACUUCUUUUGGAUACUCCUGUCCAUCAAUUGGAGGUGCAACGUUCCAGGCUGUGCUGUCUUAUACCGGAAAUCUCAACCUCACAGUACCGGCGAUCCAGGUCUUGGAUUCGAUGAUCGGGCAGUCGGAAGACAUAUUUAGUGAGGACUGCCUCACACUCAACAUUUGGACUAAGCCACAGACUGGAGAGCGGAAGAAGGCGGUCAUGCUCUACCUUCACGGUGGAGCCUUUACCACUGGUACCUCCAACAUUCGAGCAUACAAUGGUCAGCACCUGGCGGACACUGAGGAUAUUGUCGUGGUCACUAUCAAUUACCGUCUCAAUAUCUUCGGCUUUCCGGGAGCUUUAAAUGCGAGGAACAAUCUUGGAUUACUGGAUCAGCGAAUUGCGCUGGAGUGGACUAGAGACAACAUUCGCGCUUUCGGUGGCGAUCCAGAUCGUAUCACGGUGGUAGGCGAAUCAGCAGGUGCAAGUUCGGUCGACUUCUACUCUUUCGCCUGGACUCGGGAUCCCAUCGCGGCAGGAUUCAUAGCGCAAUCUGGAACUGCAAACGUCGCCGUCUCUGCCAGAACCUCCACCGAACUGUGGUACUCGGCUGUAAGCGAGCUCAACUGCGGCAAUGUGACUUCGAAUCCCGAUGUGGUUCUCUCCUGUAUGCGGUCCAGAGACCAGACGACUAUCCUCAGGGUCGUCGCAGCACUACCGGAUUUUGGCCCGGCCGUCGACAACAUAACGGUAUUUGCAGACAAUUUUGCUCGCGCUUCUGCUGGCAAUUUUAUCCAAAAGCCAUACCUCAUCGGCAUCAACGACAACGAGGUCGGCUUCUUUCGUAUUUUGUACGAGGCAGCCGGGUACGUUCACUCAGAAGGAUGGUGGGUGCUUAAAGGCCAGAGUGCCUUCAACUGUGGAGCUGCGCAGCGAUCGAAGUUCUCCGCUGCCAAAGUCCCGACGUGGCGGUACCGCUACUUUGGAGACUUCCCCAACCUGUCUCUAUCUCCGGCUUCGGGAGCAUGGCAUGGAUCGGAGGUCCCCAUGAUUUUUGGCACGGACCUCGAGAUCCAAAACUACACAGCACGUACUGCCUCUCAAUCCAUAACGGCCAGUUAUAUCCGAAGUGCUUGGUCUGCGUUCGUGAAAGACCCAGAGGCUGGGCUGACCAAGCAAGUAUACCUCUCCUAUGGCUGGCCUCGGUACAAUGCAGAUACAGCAACGCUUGUCAUGUUGGCAUACAAUGAUAACGGAACGGGAACUAGCUUCAGCCUACCUGCUGACUACGACUUCCUCUGCCCGUGGGUCUUCCCGCUGGGACGAAUGCUUCUGUCCAACUCGUCACAAUCUGCAGUUGAUAUGCUGGCCGAGUUUACGAAGGCGAUGGCGGGGGAGGUGCUGGGUCUGUUUGCUGUCUAA